AAAAGAACCCAGGAUGAUUCUAAACAAUGCUUUAUACAGUGCAAGAUCUCUUCAUCAUUUCCAUAUAAGGCCCUGGAAACCACUCGUCUAUUUUCUGUCUCUAUGGAGUUGCCUCAUCCAGUAUGUAGCCUUUUGUGACAGGCGUGUUUGAUGUAGCAAAACGUUUUCAAGGCUCAUCCAGGUUGUGGCUGCUGAGACCAGAGAUUUUUCAGUGUGCCUCCAGGAAACACAAGGAAGACCAUGGAGAAUCAGAGCCACCCCUAUCGGCCUACAUCCUCCGUACUACCUUUUCACUACUUUGGGGAUAAAUCAAAGUAUAAGCAAUCUUGAAUCAAAUCUAUUCUCAUCAAUCCUUGAAUCUGAACCAGACUCUAAUCUGACCUUGCUCACAUGCUACCUGAAUAUAAAGAACUGAAAAAAGGUAGUGGUUAUUUUGUUUCCACUUCACCUGUCAGAAUUGCAGUCCUGCCUCACUGUUUCUGACUAUCCCAGUCUGCCUGGUAAUACAGCUGUUUGAAUAGGAGUUGGGGUCCUUUACCAAGUUCUCAUUUUCUUCAGGCAAGUUCCACCUGUUUCUAAAUGUUGUACUCUUUAAGGCCAUGCCUUGUCUAUAGUGGGUUGCACAGUGCGUGUCUAAUACAUUGAAGUCCCCGACUUAGAGGAAGAAACAUCUUCACAGAGCAGCCUCCCUCACAGGCUGGUAUUCUUGGGCAGACUGUUUAAUAUCUCCCAGCAUCAGCAAAUGAGAGUCAUAAUACGUUUAUAUCCCAGAGAUGCUAUGAUUGUUAAAUUAAACAGCAUGGAAAGAUGUCCCUUAAGAAAUGUUCAUGUACUUCCUUUCUACCCUUCCCUCUGUGUUCCUUUCAACAGGACCUCAAAAGGAGGCCAGAUGAGAUCAGUCUUUCCUCUUUCUGUAGAAGGAAAUUAAAGCAGUGUCAGCCAGUGUCCUGGAGGAUGCUUCCUGGACUUUUCCACUUAGGAAGUAAAGGAAAGUAUAUACGGAGGGGCAUAGUAGCGGAGGUCCAAUCACCCUAGAAACCAAAAAGCAACCGCUAGGGAGUGACAGCAGGAAAAAUGCAUAGAAAAAGGAGUAACCUUAGGCUUGGAAAUGCAUAGGACAGCCAGAGACCUUCCAGACCUACUGGAAAUGUAUGUGUGGUCAAAUCCCAGCAAUCCUUUCUUCUUGAUCUUCUUUAACAGGUAACUAACUGCAUUUCCCUAAAUGGUCUCAGACCUCGCAGGAGUUUGGGGAACGCCAACAUCACCACUGAACCAGUACUGCUCUUUAUGCACGGGGACAUUGUGCUGGAAGCUGGGGAUGUCCUAGUGAGCAGGACAGAGGUGUUUCUACAGAAAUGGCCCCUGGGGCUCUGGGAAAGGAGGCACGCACAGUCACAGUCGAUUGGGGCAGAGAAGGCUUCCCGGGGAGAAGAAGGGGCGUCCUAGGCAGACGUGAGAGAGCAUCGUCACCAGCAAGCUUGAAAACCCGGAUCCCAUCCUCUUGGAGCCUCUUGGUUUGCCAUAUUCCUCUGGCUCCCACUCAAAUCCUUGCCAGAAGGGAACGGACCUGCACCGCUUUCUUUCCCUGUUCCUCCCAGAGGCCCGAGGGCGGGCAGAGCGAAAAUGCGCACUGUCCUGAGUCAGAACUCUGGCCGGGGGCGGGUCCCGCUGCGGCUGGGGGCGUCGGGGGCGGGCAGCGGGUGGCCAGUGACGCGACGGAGGCCGGGGGCGGCGGGCUGCGAGGUGACGCGCGUGGGGACCGCGCUGGCCCAGCCCACGUGUCCGCGAGAUUUAAAAGUUGGCGGCGCGAGGGGAGGUCAGCUUGGCGGCGGAGCCCCGCGAGCAGCGCUCCCGGGACGCAGAGGCACUGCCAGGGCCCCGCGUGGAGUGCUGACCCGCGCAGCUCAGGCUUCGAGCUCCGAGCCGCCAAGCGCCGAGAUGCCGCGAGCAGCGAACCGCCGCCCCGGGCCGCCCGCCGGACAGGUGGCCGCCGCGUCCCGGCCCCUGCUGCUGCUGCUGCUCGCCUGUUGCGCGGGUACCUGCCUUGGUGCUCCAAUAUUAUCUCAAGGACUACGGCCUGAACAAGAACUACAGCUGUGGAAUGAGAUAGAUGAUGCCUGUUCGUCUUUCCUGUCCCUUGAUUCUCAGCCUCAGGCAUCCAAUGCACUGGAGGAGCUUUGCAUCACAAUUAGGAGGACUCUACCAAAGCCCCAGGAAACAGAUGAAAAAGAUAAUACCAAAAGGUUCUUAUUUCAUUAUUCGAAGACACGGAAGUUGGGCAAUUCAAAUGUUGUGUCGUCUGUCGUGCAUCCGUUACUGCAGCUUGUUCCUCACCUGCAUGAAAGAAGAACGAAGAGAUUCAGACUGGACUUUACUAAAGGGGAAACAACUCAGAAUAAAGAUCUUUCCCAAGACAAUGCUAGAAGAAUUCCAAGGUCCUAUUGCAAGCCAAGUUCGGAGACAGUUUUUAUUCAGGCCACGCAAUGGAAGAAGGUCAGAAGGUUACAUUUAAAAUGGACCAACAAUUUUCCACAGAAGCAGCAAAAUGUUGACAUUUUGUUUUCUUCUCAAAAACAAUCCUUGCUAAACUUACUGUAUUUGACAAUCCCUGUGUUGUAAACAUUCUCAAUAAAAGUUGGUUGAGAUUAUAAAAUGU